CCUGCAAUCUGGCUUCACAAUGCUCAUUACCUGCAUAUGGCCAAACGUUACUAGACCCGACCUAAACUAAAUUACAGUUAUAUUUUCUGGCGAGGCGGGACGUCGUUUUCGUGCAACAUAAAAUGCUGCUGAGAUGAAGAAGACGUGAUUGCAGGCGUUGUCGGAUGCAGGCAGAUGUUGUGAUCAGGAGCAGCGGGCAGGACUGCAGAUAUGGACACCUGGACACCCAACCCGAGAGCCAAACCCUUCAUCCCCCGCCAGCAGCGCAGCCUCUACCUCACCUGGAAAUACAGACUCACCAACAAAAGAGCAGUGCGACGAAUCUGCCAGGCCAGUGCUGUCCUGUUUCUACUGAUCACAGUGAUUGUAAAUAUCAAACUCAUUCUUGACACAAGGAGAGUUGCCAGUGAGGAUGAUGCAGCUCAAGAGUAUGAUGAUGCCCUGCCUAACAUGGAAACCCCGCGCAGACCAGUGAGUGGGAGGAAGGUUUUAGAUAUCGAGGUGUACUCUAGUCGAUCUAAGGUUUAUGUAGCAGUGGAUGGCACCACUGUUCUGGAAGAUGAGAUGAGGGAGCAGGGCCGAGGCAUACAUGUUAUAGUUCUAAAUCAGGCAACUGGUCACGUCAUGGCCAAAAGAGUGUUCGAUACUUAUUCUCCCCAUGAGGAUGAAGCCAUGAUCCUCUUUCUCAACAUGGUCACGCGUGGCAGAAUCCUCAUCUUCACUAUUAAGGAUGAGGGGACUUUCCACUUGAAGGAUGCAGCAAAGAAUCUUCUGAAAGGUUUGGGGAGUCAGGCAGCUGUCCCCUUAGGCUGGAGGGAUAUGUGGACUCUGGUUGUAAAGAAGGGAGGUCAAGUGUAUGGGGAGAAGCACUCCAAGUCUCCUGCUCUGUCCACAUGGGGCGAUCCUGUGCUGCUGAAGACUGAGGUCCAGCUGACAGCUUCUGAAGAGGCAGAGUGCCAUUGGGCAGACACUGAGCCGAACCGCCGGAGAAAACUCUUCUGCAGUAAAGUGGAAGGAUAUGGAAGCAUUUGUAGUUGCAAGGAUCCAGCACCCAUAGAGUUUAAUCCUGACCCACUGCCUAACAACAAUGUCUACAACGUCCCAGUAGCAGUUAUAGCUGGGAAUAGACCAAACUAUCUCUAUAGAAUGCUGCGCUCUCUUCUUUCCUCCCACGGUGUCAAUCCACAGAUGAUCACUGUUUUUGUCGAUGGCUACUAUGAGGAACCCAUGGAUGUGGUGGAUCUCUUCGGUCUUAAAGGAGUUCAGCAUACGCCUAUCAGUAUUAAGAAUGCUAGAGUGUCACAGCACUACAAAGCCAGCUUGACUGCAACAUUCAGUCUGCAUCCAUUUUUGGGUGCAGAUUUUUCCAUUGUCUUGGAGGAAGACCUGGAUAUUUCCAUAGAUUUUUUCAGCUUUCUCAGUCAGACCAUCCAUUUGUUGCAUGAGGAUGACAGUCUGUACUGUAUCUCGGCCUGGAAUGACCAAGGCUAUGAGCACACAGCAGAGGACCCGUCUCUGUUGUACAGAGUGGAAAGUAUGCCUGGCCUUGGCUGGGUGCUUAAAAAAAGCCUUUACAAGGAUGAACUGGAGCCCAAAUGGCCAACUCCUGAGAAGCUAUGGGAUUGGGACAUGUGGAUGCGGAUGCCGGAACAGAGGAAGGGGAGAGAGUGUGUCAUUCCUGAUGUCUCCCGCUCUUAUCACUUUGGCAUCAUUGGCUUAAACAUGAAUGGUUACUUCCAUGAAGUUUACUUUAAAAAGCACAAGUUCAACACAAUUCCGAAUGUUCAGAUGAAAAAUGUAGAUAGCUUGAAGAAAGAUGCAUAUGAGAUUGAAAUCCAAAACCUACUACGUGGGGCCAAGGUUCUGGACCACAGUAAAAACCCAUGUGAAGACUCAUUUAUCCCAGACACAGAGGGAAAGACCUUUGUAAUGUUCAUCAAAAUGGAGCAAGAGACGGAUACAAACACCUGGACAGAACUGGCGAAGUGCCUGCACGUAUGGGACCUGGAUGUACGAGGUUAUCACAAAGGACUCUGGAGGCUCUUCAGAAAGAAGAACCAUGUACUAGUAGUGGCUGUUCCAAUCUCACCAUACUCUGUUAAGAAGCCCAAUAACGUCACUCCCAUUCACUUGGAGCCAGCACCUAAAGAGGAGGGACCUCCUGUGGAACAGAUUUAGAACAGUCCUAAUCCCACCCAAAGGGCCUUUCCUAACCACUAACAGACAAGGCCUAUGUCAGGCUGAUAAUGGGCCUUGUGUUACUCUUCAGGUCGUUGCAAGACAAAGGGGAUGAACUGUAGGAUGAUCCUGACUGAACCAUCCUAUGCUGGUAGCCUCUAGGAACUGCAGGCUUUUUUAAACAAGAAUGAUAUGAGUGUGGAUUUCUAAAAAUGGUGUGACCUUCUCGUUUUGUUGGUAUGUAUUUUACAGUGGGAGCUUUUCCUGAGGUCAUGAAAUUUCAUAUGUGUUUAUGCUGGAUGGUUUGACAUUAGAAAAUAAUUGAUAGAUGUUUUAAAGUAUUACUGGUACUAUAAUAAAAGCCAGUGCUGGUUUGAGUUACUGAAUUGUGACAGCAGAUAACGUCAAACCAGGGCACUGCAAAAAAGGGAUUAAGAGGAUAUGACAGACAUAAGAUACUUUUUUAACACUACUGAGUGCUUUGGGCCGUCCUGCACAUGCGUUUUAAUUUAUGUCUUAUUUAUUUUGUCAAUAUUAAAAUAACUAGGUUUAUUUUUAGUUAAUGGAUUCACUUUUACACAAGAAAAAAUGCAUUAAGAAACAAAAGGCUUAAAUUUGUUUACAAAUUAAACUAUGUACAGACAUAUAUUUUUAGAACAAAAUAUUGUAUUUUUAUUGGUUCUUUAGUAGCACAGGCAGUAUACCUUAACUACAUAUAAUGACCUAUAUUGGACGGCACAGUCCAGUUUUAAACACAUGACAUGUGAUUGAUUUUUUUUUUUAUGUUGUGCUAUGAUGGCCCUCCAGCAACAGCUUUAAGAAUCUUCUUUCCCAGAGAACGACAGGCGAUGCUGCUUAGGUGAGAUCUAUGUGUUCACACAGCCACUAAAGAGCC